UGCCUUUCACUUCCCAUCACCACAUUCCACCGACAUCAGAAAGGCCGAACUCAUACUCGGCGCACAACCACGAUAACAUCUCCUCGUACUCUCACCUGGUAAUUGAUUUUACUAGGACGCAUCGCCAAGUCAAUUUCCUCGACCCAUUUCUUUGUUUUUCCCGACCAGUCGCGUCAGCUUCCAGCACCAAAGUCGCCCAACAUGUCUGGCGAAGAGGAUCUCAUCGAUUACUCCGACGACGAGCUGAACAAUGAGACCGCCGCUCCGGCCUCAAACGGCAAGAAGGGCGAUGGCACCGCUGCUGCACAGAAUGUCGACAAGAAGGGUUCCUAUGUCGGCAUCCACUCGACCGGUUUCCGCGACUUCCUCUUGAAGCCCGAGCUUCUUCGCGCCAUCGCCGACUGCGGCUUCGAGCAUCCGUCGGAGGUUCAACAGACAUGCAUUCCGCAGGCCAUGCUUGGCGGCGACAUUAUCUGCCAAGCCAAGUCUGGUCUCGGUAAAACGGCCGUCUUCGUGCUCACCACCCUUCAGCAAGUUGAGCCGGUCGCCGGAGAGUGCUCGGUCUUGGUUAUGUGCCAUACCCGUGAACUGGCCUUCCAGAUCCGAAACGAGUACAACCGUUUCAGCAAGUACAUGCCUGACAUCAAGACUGGCGUGUUCUACGGUGGCACACCCAUCCAGAAGGACGCCGAGGUCCUGAAGAACAAGGAAACGCACCCCCACAUCAUUGUCGGCACGCCUGGUCGUCUCAACGCCCUUGUUCGUGACAAGCACCUGCGGCUCGGAAACGUCCGCAUGUUCGUCCUGGACGAGUGCGAUAAGAUGCUUGACCAGAUCGAUAUGCGCCGCGAUGUCCAGGAGAUCUUCCGGGCCACUCCCCAGCAAAAGCAGGUCAUGAUGUUCUCUGCUACGCUCGCCGAGGAGAUCAAGCCGAUUUGCCGGAAGUUCAUGCAGAACCCCACUGAGCAUUAUGUCGACGAAGAUACCAAGUUGACGCUCCACGGCCUUCAGCAGUACUACAUCCCUCUCGAGGAGAGAGAGAAGAACCGGAAGCUGAACGAGCUGCUUGAUGAGCUUCAGUUCAACCAGGUCAUCAUCUUUGUCAAGAGCACUAUUCGCGCCACAGAGCUCGACAAGCUUCUGCGCGAGUGCAACUUCCCCUCCAUCGCUGUCCACUCUGGUGUCAGCCAGGAGGAGCGUAUCCGCCGGUACAAGGAGUUCAAGGAGUUCAACAAGCGCAUUUGCGUGGCCACCGAUGUGUUCGGCCGUGGUAUCGAUAUCGAGCGGAUCAACCUCGCUAUCAACUAUGAUCUGCCCGCCGACGCCGACUCGUACCUGCACCGUGUCGGUCGUGCCGGCCGUUUCGGUACCAAGGGUCUCGCCAUCUCCUUCGUGAACACCGACCAGGACAAGGAGGUUCUGCAGCAAAUCGAGAAGCGCUUCGAGGUCGCUCUUCCUGAGUUCCCUAAGGAGGGCAUCGACGCCUCUACCUAUAUGGCCGCUUAAGCCGAAGUUCGAUUUCUUUUCAGGGUUGGCUUCUCGACUCGAUUGUCGUGCCUUUGUUUUGCGGUCGGUUAUCUGGCAACCGCCUUUUUGCUCGGGUGGUCGGACAUGGAUUGCGUGGGCAGGCUCAGAAUUAAAACCGAAACGUGAUGCCCUGUGGUCCUAAACUAGGUCAUGUAAAACUAGAUGGUCUCAUACUGGGAAAAUGCAGUCUCUCUCGUUGCUAAACUGUG